AUGGCGGACAGGAUAUAUUAUCCAAAUGCUGAGCUAGCAAAAACAGCGUACUGUAAUAGUAUGGAUCAGUACAAAAAAAUGCAUGAAAAAUCUAUAAAGCAGCCGGAAGAAUUUUGGAGUGAAAUAGCGAAACAAUUUUACUGGGAAACGACUUCGUCCAACGACAAAUUUUUUUCUUACAAUUUUAACCGUAACGAAGGUGAUAUUUUUAUCAAGUGGAUGGAAGGCGCAUCUACGAAUAUUAGUUUUAAUCUCCUUGAUAAAAACGUAAAAUGUGGAAAUGGCGACAAAAUUGCAUUUUAUUGGGAAGGAAAUGAUAUUGAAGAUUAUUCAAGAUUGACCUACCGAAAACUACUUGAAGAAACUUGUAAAUUUGCCAACGUUCUAAAAUCCAAAGGUGUUCAAAAAGGUGAUCGAGUAGCAAUUUACAUGCCAAUGAUAUUGGAAUUGCCGAUCGCAAUGCUUGCUUGUACUAGAAUCGGCGCCGUCCAUAGUUUUGCUGGAUACUCAUCGGAUUCAUUGGCGGAAAGAGUAUUGGAUUCAAAAGCCAAGGUUUUAUUGACAGCAGAUGGUGCUUGGCGUGGCUCAAAAUUACUCCACCUAAAAGCAAUCUGUGAUCAGGCAAUGGAUAAAGUUAAAUCUCAUGGGCACAAUGUGGAAUCCUGCAUCGUUAUUUCACAUCUUCGCCGAGUAACCUGUCCUCCAGGCAACACAUCAGAUGGGGGUAAAACCAAAAAUGCCACUAGCAACGGAAGUAGCAGUGACGUAAAUUUAUCUUGGGAUGAUGAUCGUGAUUGUUGGUGGCAUGAAGAAAUGGAAGAUGCUGACUCUAGUUGUUAUCCCGUUUGGGUUGCAGCUGAAGACCCUCUUUUCAUUCUUUACACCAGUGGAUCAACUGGAAAGCCAAAAGGAGUUCUUCAUACUACUGCUGGUUAUUUGAUAUACGCUGCAACGACCUUCAAAUAUGUUUUUGACUAUAAGCCAAAUGAUGUUUAUUGGUGUACCGCAGAUAUUGGAUGGAUUACAGGUCAUACAUAUGUAGUGUACGGUCCAUUAGCUAAUGGUGCAACUUCAGUAUUGUUUGAAGGAACGCCAUUUUAUCCGCUAAACGACAGAUACUGGUCAGUCAUCGAUAAGUAUAAAGUUUCGCAAUUUUACACAGCGCCAACCGCCAUUAGGAGCUUAAUGAAAUUUGGCGAUGACUUAGUGAAGAAAUACGACCUUGAUUCUCUAAAGGUCCUUGGGUCAGUUGGAGAACCAAUCAAUUCUGAGGCUUGGUUGUGGUUUUACAAUUUGAUUGGCCAUGGUAAAUGCAGUAUAGUGGAUACUUUUUGGCAGACAGAAACUGGUGGACAUGUUGUAACACCACUUCCUGGAGCUACUCCAAUGAAGCCUGGAUCAGCAUCAUUCCCAUUCUUCGGUGUACUUCCAGAACUCUUAGACGAAGAUGGUAAAAUAAUAGAAGGCGAAGGUGAGGGUUACUUAGUCUUCCGUCAACCUUGGCCUGGUAUGAUGAGAUCGCUUUACGGAAAUCAUGAGCGCUUCCAAACAACAUAUUUUGAUAAGUUUAAUGGCUUCUAUUGUACAGGAGACGGAGCAAGGCGUGAUUCUGAUGGUUACUUUUGGGUUACUGGUCGAAUUGACGACAUGCUUAACGUAUCCGGCCAUCUCAUGUCAACAGCCGAAGUUGAAAGUGUUUUAGCCGAACAUGGAGCAGUUGCUGAAGCGGCAGUUGUUAGUAAACCUCAUCCAGUAAAAGGGCAGUGUCUUUACUGUUUCAUUACACCUAAUGAAGGAAAAAAUUUCGACAAACAGUUACAAGAUGAACUCAAAAAGAAGAUAAGAGAACGAAUCGGGCCAUUUGCACAACCAGACAUAAUCCAUCAUGCUCCAGGGCUGCCUAAAACUCGCUCAGGAAAAAUAAUGCGAAGAAUACUUAGGAAAAUUGCCGUUGGGGAUCGUAAUGUAGGAGAUACUUCAACAUUAGCCGAUGAAGGCAUUGUUGAUUUGCUUUUCCAAUUGAGACCAGAAGCUUAA